CUUUCUUAAGUAAUAAAAAGUAACAUAAGUCUUUAAUGACGGCAUUAGUUUACCUGAAAAACCAAAAAACACAAAAACGAACUCAAGAACUGUAACCGGAAAUGACGCCAUGUGUUUGCGGUAGGAGGCAGACAGACAGAGGAGAAGCUACUGUAGCUUAGCCUCCUUUUACCUGCUCAGCAUUGAAAUACGUAGGCUUUCCACUACAGCUGUAAUGGUCUGACCAAACCUCCAACAUCUCCUAACCCUGCAAGAGGAGGUAAACGGUAUUUUCUGAACGACGGAGCAGCCAGCGAGCCACCGACCGUAGGAAGAAUGUCCAGCCGUCUGGCCUUUCAGACCCAGCUGGCCUCCAUCAUGGAGGUCCUCGCUAAUGCAGCUGUGGCGGAGAUCUGUAAGCUGGUGGACGACGACUAUGCGGUGGUGAGUUUGCAGAUGUCGCAGUGCCAGAGAGAGAACAAAGCCCUUAAGAGAAAGCUGCAUCUGCUGGAGCUGAAGAUGGCCCGGGGAAACGCCGAGAGGAGGCUCAGAGAGAGCGCCAUGAACAGCAGCCGAUCGAGGGUGCAGAUCAACACCAGCGACAGGCUCCGGGACUGCUCGCCUUCCACCGGUGGCGUGUUUGAGCGACGGAUGGAUGUGGCCUUGUGGUCUAGUAGAGCAGCUGCAGGUGAAGGAAACAGUGAGCAGAUACACUCUGACAGCAUCCAGAGUAAGUCUCCAGACGUGGAGCUGGUGGAGCCAGAGGCAGUGCUGGUGAAGCAGGAGAAGGUGGAGGCAAACAUGUCCCAAGAGACAGAGGAAGAUGUGCCACUCAUAGGAGAUGAUGGAGUGGUGGAGUGUGUCCCUCGUGGACCUGCAGGACAGAGACCCACCAUUGAACAGCAAGACACCCAGUCCACCACCAGUCAGUCCCGGUCCCAGAUCCAGAGCAGCAGGACAAGGCGUACCGGAAGCAGCAGCAGCAACAGCAGCAGCAGAGGAGUGGAGAAAGAGGAGGAGCCAGAUGUGGUGCUGGUGAAGGUAGAGGAGGUAGAGCCGGCUACGGGAACUCAGAGCCAGACAGGCCUCAGCAUACAAGAGGGGUUGGUGGAGUCGAGCACCGAUGACUACAGAGCAGUUCUACCAUUUGAUGAAAUCACACAGACUUCCACCAAUCAGCUGUCUGACCUGCAGGAGUCUGGGCGUGGCUUCUCAGAGUCUGCAGCACCCCAGUCGACGCCUGUGAUAUCCCUAGACCCCAGCAGUGUAGUGGCAGUCCAGCUGAGAUUACCAGACACCAACACACCAGCCAACCCCAAAACACAACAACAGCAGAGAUCCAGUACCAACAACCCUCUCAACUCUGAAUACUCUCUGUUUGAACUGGAGACAUUCUUCAACCGCUGGGCCCCUGAUAAUGAGUCUGUAUCAGCCCGCGGUGGCCCUUCAUGUCCUUUCACCACUGACGACUCAGCAGAGUGUGACCAGGAUGGAGUUAUUAUUGUAGAAACUGAAGCACAACCUCAACCUGUGCUUCAGGCACCACAAGGCUCAGUUUCCUCAGCAGUGAGGAUGAGUGGAGGGCAGAGUUGCUCCUCCAUUCAGAUCCAGCCAUCUGUGUCACAAGCCCUGUCAGCGGAGCCAUCUGGGUCUAUGCCUCUGAGGAUGCAGGCUCCAUUUUCUCAUCCUCCAUGGAGCAGAAAACCAGUCAUGAUAAGAAACGCACAGGCUCAGCUGCUGCAGCAGCACCACAGCAUUCCCUCCGUACAGACCUCCACACUGUCCUCCACCACAGCUGCUGUCAGUAACACUCACAGUGGUGAUAAAACAACUCUCUCUAGUAUCAGCUCAACCAGCAGGACUAUGAGCUCCACUGUGACUCCCUCUGUCAGGGGAUCCACAGCAGCGUUUCGCAGCGUUGCACUUGCCGCACAGCAUCGAGCCAGCCUUCAGGCUCGUCACAAUGAAAGCCAAGCUACAAGCAUCAUACCCAGCGAGCGCCGCAGAAAGAGCUACAUCUGCAGAACCUGUGGCAAGGCUUUCUCCGGCCUGUCCAAUCUGGAGUCCCAUGAAAGAGUCCACACAGGGGAGAAACCCUUCCGCUGCGACACCUGUGGAAAACGCUUCUCAGAGGCCGGGAACCUUAAGAAGCACCAGAGAGUGCACACCGGGGAGAAACCCUUCAGCUGUGACCAGUGUGGGAAGAGGUUCGCUUGGAUCUGCAACCUGAGGACGCACCAGCAAUCUGCCACAGGCUGCGGACCGCAAGCCAGAGGAGGGCUGGGACUGGGCUGAUGACAGAGGAGACGGUGGGGGACAGGACUGUUAAUGAUAGUAGUGUUUCAUUCACACACACAGAGGCACAUCGUUGCCAUUUCUUCAUUCUUAAAUAGGGAUACAACAACAAUACGAAGUGUGGAACAGUUACUAUAUUUACUAAUUCUGUAUUUUAUCUUUCCACAUGUUUUGUAUCUUUGAUAUAUGAUGAAACACUGUACGACCAUUAGCUCUCAGUUAAAAGACCAAACCAGUGUUUUUCAUUAGUUACAAAUCAUGUGUCCUUUACAUUUCUACUGGACGAUUACUAAAGUUAAGUUGUUUUUUUUUGAAGUUUUGAAUGUAUUGUUCCAGGCAGUCACUGCUUUCAUUUAAAGGUCAGGUGUGUAGGAUUUAGUGGGAUUUAGUGGAGAGUAGCGGCAGCUCCUUUAACACCUGGCCUGUUCAAGGCCAGAAUUUCAUGCUGUUAUUUAUUGCAGUUAUAGACCAUGUACGGGACAGGUGGGAAGUUAUGAGAACAUGUUAUGUGUAUGACGCACUGCUGGGAUAUUUAAAAAGCAGCUAAAAGCAGUUAGCAGCUAACUCAAAGAAGAAAAACAGCGGCUGGAAAUGUCCGCAAAUUUGGAAAACAAUGAAGUCCAGGAGGUCCUUACCCUCCCAGCAGAGGAUGAGAUCAGCUGCUAUAUAACAGGGAUGGUAAAUUAUUGUUUUUGUCAUACUAGGCCAGAGGCUGAGGCUGUUGUGUUACAUGUCACGCCCAUCACGCCGUGUAAAAUCACUCUGGAGCAGCACAAUGCUGACAUUGUUGGUUCUGUGUAAAAAAAGGUGGCAUAAAGAGGGGACUUGGUAGCUGCCCUGAAGUGUGAUCUCUGUUAAAGGGCUGGUGAGGAAUGCAGACUGCAACCAGCUGCAACUUCUUUUGGUUAGAAUUCCUUCACCGUUCAUUGUUCAGGAGUUUUUUACUGGGAGCUGAAUUAUCCACAGAGGUCUCCUCCUCUCCAAAACAAACAGACCUGGUGAUUUAAACAGGUAAAAACACUAAAUAAAUCAGUUUCACAUAAUGAAUUAGUGUUUUUCUGACACUGCUCAUUGCAGAUGGGCUUCUAACUAUGGUAGGUGACGCGAAAACGGGAUAACACAAAUGGCCCUAUCUAGAGACACUGGUUUGUGUCUUCUGUGCCACUGUAGAAACAUGGUGGGGCAACAUGGUGAUCUCCAUAAACAUAGACCUGCUCCCUGUGUAGAUAUAAACAGCAUAUUCUAUGAUGACAAAAACACAUUGGGUCUCAUUCAUGAAACUUGGGCAGAAUGAAUUUGUGUGUAAACUGUUCGCAGAAGAACAUUUACAUGUAAUUUGGCAUUUAGGAGAGAGAACUGUUAAUUUAACACUAAAGUCUGGUGUUGACUGCUACAGUGGAGGCACGUCGCUCUCUCCCCUGACAGAGAUGUCUCUCUGAUGAUGCAAGCAAUGCACUCAUCUGCAGCUGUGACUGGGAAGAGCCUCCUGUAGCUGUUGGAUUUUUUUGUGUGUGCGUGUAAUAAUGCGUUUUUUUUGCAUUAUGUUUCAUAUCGAACUGUUUUCUUUUAAAUUUUUGGAUGGGUCUUACAACAGAGGACAUCUGUUACCUCCUUCCAGGCCUUUGAUCUACCUAUCCCUGUCAUACUACUACUAACAAAAAAAAUAAAAUGUGUCUCUCAACCCCACUUUAUCCAAAAUAACUUCACUUGUCGGAAAAGUUUUUCUUCCUCUCUCUCUUUCUUUGUUGGCUCCAUGUUCGCAGGUCAACAGGAUAGUAAUCAUCACCUCCAUACAUGGUGGUCACUGGCUAUUUAUGGGCUGGGAUGUAUGCUAUUUACUGACUAGAGGGAGCGUGCUGUCAGUUUACAAUUGAUUUGCAUACACAUACAAGUUUUCCAUGGCAUUCGUGAAUUCAGUGUUACUUUUUAGAACCAAGGUUUUUUAUGUGAAAACCUACUUACAGAUUUACUAACAUUUCAUGAAUGAGACCCAGUGAUUUUUAUUUCAGGUGUUUAUACACUAAAGAAACUACAUGCUGUUAACAUUUUCCCAGUAUAUCUCCCUAAAUCCUACACACUGGACCUUUAAUGCAGUUUAAGGUGCAGAUGGAGAUGAGGCUCAGCACUGUAGUACCACGCAACAGCUGACCUGUACAACAACAAUCAGACAUGAUGUUCACUGUGAUUCAUUUGAUUUUUCAAGUGUCUGCAAAUUGAUUUUCAUGCUCUACAGAAAUAAAGUGAGACUGAGGGCUGCCUGGAUGUGAGAGAGAGCACAUUUAAAAGAUCCAGCAGUCUAUGAUGUGCUUUGGGAACUUGUUGGUAGUAAUAUCUGGUCUUCCUUUUACUUGUUCCCAAAAAUGUUGUGCCACUGCCAGUUAACCUCCCCACUGGAAACAGACAAUGUUAGUUUAAUAAAAUGUUUAAUUGAAUACAAUCUUACUGCACAUUUUGAUAAAAGGGGAUACAACUGUUCAGCACAUUUAAACGCAAAGAUCAAAUACAUAUUUUAAUUUUACAUACAUGAUUUUAUACUGUGAGGAUAAAGGGUUUUAAUGGCGCCAGCCCAAGGCAAAACUUCGUCCAUGUGAUUCUUGAAAUGAUCCUGAAAAUAAGUGUGUUUUCUGUAUUAAUUUGGUUUAAUCACUGUAAACAAAUGAGACCAGCCUGGUUGUUCCAGUCCCUUCCAGCCUGACACAUUCCUGCCCCUCUAGUUCCAGACAAAAGAUACCAGGAAGUAGCUUUUAGGGUUUUUGUGGUCUUACUUUCAAGAGACACCAGCAUUAAUAUCUCUACAGGUGUGAGAGUUAUUACGCAGUUGUUAACUGUAGUUACAUGACAUGGUCAAAAUAAAUCUGACAGUGAUGCCAUCAAGGCGCUACUUCAAUGUUUGUCCUCGUUUUUUGCUGUCCUUGUACGUCCCACCACUGCGAGACUUUGUCGAUGCCCAGGUUUGGGAACCAAUUAUUUUGUACUGUGAACACAUCAAAUAUGUUUUGUUAAUACGUGCAAUUAUUGUUUUGUGAGGCACAAUGACAUUAUUUCAGUCCUCACCCUUUUUAGUUGAGCUGAGUUGCGUACACUGUUGAGAUGUCUUCUAUCAGUAAUGCUAACAGCAAUAAAAUAAACAAAGUGACAUGAUCUGUGUGUUGAACAUUGGCUGGCGAUCAAUACGUUCCCAGGAUUCCAGCCUUAUCAUUCCAGACUCACACACAGCGCUCGACAGCAAACUGACCCUGUCAGUAUACGUCAGUCAUCACUGCAUUACAUCUGAAAAUGGAAAAUGG